CUCUCAUAAAAAGCGAGGUGUUCUCCAACUUCGCAAAAAUAUUUCGCUAUUUUUCCCACGGAAAUCAAAUUUUUUCCCUAUCCUCCGCCCAAAAAAACCGCUAUUAUCCUUAAAUUCUCGGUGAAACGUUCUCGUUUCCCCUCACAUGUAAAUUUUCCUGAUUGCAAUUUUCCAGAAAGUUCGCCAAUUGUAUUUUUUAAAAUGUGUGUAUAAAACACCCGUACAAAUUUAUAUAAAGGUACUCGAAGAGCUAACGGUACACCAGGAGCUCAGAUACCAAAGAAUUGGCGAAUUAAUUUCCUUCGCACCCUUUCUCCUGGGGAAAAUCGGUUCCCCUUGACUUCAUCGGAUCCCGAUGAUUUCAUUAGAACUCGAAGAGGUGCUAUAUAAGAUUUAUUUAAAUUGGUCGCCAGUGAAGUAUUAGGUGUUUCCACUGGUGUCCGAAUGAUCAGCGCUUUUAGAGCAAUUGAGAAAACCGCUCACCGUGGAAUUCCAACGAGGAAUUUAUCAUCCGGUGGGAAACCGACGGCUUCUGAGGUCUUAACGAGCUACCUGAUGCAGAGUAAAGAGCCACCGUGGACCUCGUACUUCGUGAGGUACAGAGAUGUCGUCAACGAUCAACAUGGCAUGUCACACUUCAAUUGGCCAGUGGAAAAUAGCAACUAUCACGUACUUCGAACUGGAUGUUUUCCCUACAUCAAAUAUCACUGCACAAAGCGUCCGAAGGAGGACCUCAGUGUUGAUGACAAAUUCUACAAGGCGAUCAAGAUAAUUAACCUUGGUAUUCCACUUCUACUCUACGGCCUCGCUGCUACUCAAUUGAUAAGACACGAGGAGAUCGUUAAAACAACCAGGGGCGAGGUUAAAAUUUACUUUCUGCUUCCUGAAGAUAAAGGGUCUCUCCACUGAGAAUCAAGACUGAAGAUUGUUUGAGUUGGGAUGAGCACAGCUUAAUUUUUCAGAUUACGAUCUGCUAUUCAUUCGUAAUGAGAGUUUAUUAUCAGUUAAAAUUCUAUCUCUAAUAAUAAUU